AUGUUAGAUAUCAUGCAGUGGCUCUUAAGUUUAGUUUUUAUGAUUGUGAAUAAUGGUGCGAUUGCUUAUCCAACCCAGGGCGGUGUUAAGAUCAAAGAAGACUUUGAUUUUAAUGCAACUCACAUACUUUUGCAAAGCAUUCUUCUUUGUGGAACUGAGAUCAUCUGCAAUAAGUCGCUUUUGGGUUCACUAGGGAUUCGAAGCGAUGUCGUCCCUCCAAACAGGUGUCCUUAUUGUUCUUGUGCUGAAUACGACUGUUUUUACCAUUGGUCCGAUACGCCGUGCUGCCCCGACGUUUUCUUUAAAUAUGGGCUUCUGGAAUGUGUCGAUACACACGUUGUUCCGUUCAGAAUAGCAAGUCCAGACCUACUCAUUUCAUACUGCCCUGUGGGCACAGACGUCAGUUUAUCCAAAAACUGCACAAAGGAAGAAGGAGAGAGUGAUCAAUUACAACAACCACCUGUUGCAAAAUCAACAACCUGGGUAUCAUAUAAAAACAAAUUCUGUUCCUUCUGUCACAAUGAGGUAAAUUACAUCGAAUGGGAAUUAAAUUUCAAAUGCGAAUAUCCAACAGAUUUCAACCAGCGUUCUUCUUCCGAGGACCUUGUUGCGUACGCCAAGUCAGAAUCCUGUGGUAUUCAUUAUGUGCAUCCAGACCUCGGGGAUAACAUAAAGCGUUGUUCUACAGGUUACACUACCAAAAUUAAAGCAUGCAAUGUAACAGGUACUUGGACUCAUUAUGACAAGCAAAUAGAAAAAGCAUGUCUAAGCGCCUAUGAAAUGCAUUAUGAGAGAUGUAGUGAUUUAUAUGAUGUAGACAUAUCAUCUUGUAACGUGUCUGGGACAUGGAAAACGUAUAAUGAAGAUGUAUUAAUAGCUUGUGAACAUGCUGAUGCCUUGAUAUUUUCUCCGGUACGCUUUCGGUCGCCAUUUUCUCUAGCUGCAUAUGAUAAAAACGAUGACCUGUCAUUACAGCAGAAAUCUGCUAGCUGUUUACUGAACCAAAUCUACGAUGACAGUCUUAAAAUAUGCAAGGACCUUAUUUGUUUUCCUGGCAAAAAACUCUGGAAUGGUACCUGCGUACCGGUUCUGGCAACAACUACUAACCUGCGUUACACACUGGCAACAAAGGUCAAAUUUUCCAUCCUAACAGACGAAAGGGUUAACCGAGAUGCUUUGGAUAAAGGACUAAUGCAUUUCAUGAAAAUGUCUAAAAAUUGGACCCUUUCGAAUACUACCGCUGUAGAGUUAGAAAUGUCUGUUAGUGAAAAAGCAUAUAUGUUGCCUUAUAUAUCAACGAGAUUUAAUAGAAAAAGACAGUGCUUUAUCUUCCAUGCAGAGAGAGAGUGUGGGUCAAACAUAUUCAGAAACAAUCUAAUUAGCCCUCUGUUGACUUGUCCUCAAAUUCAAAUCAAAAACAGUGAUUUUGGAUUGGUAGAUAUUCAAACUGAUUAUACAUUCUCUGGAUUGUCAGUUUAUCAUUCUAAAGCAGAUAAUAUUGGAGUCCGCGUUUGUGUAAGCGACUUAUCAAAGAUAAAACUGAAGACUCUGAAACUCGGUAGUAGGUUUCUAUCUACUUUAACUUUGAUCUGUUUAUGUGUAUCUCUUGUAGCCCUUCUGCUAACAUUAAUUACGUACUGCUUAUUCCCAAGUAUUAGAACUCUCCCCGGUAUUAACAACAUGAUACUAGUUUUAUUUUUAUUUUUGGCACAGAUUUGUUUGAUCGUCCGUCCUUUGUUUUAUACUUUUGGUUUGAAAAUAGUUUCUGCUUUGUCACACUUUUCAUGGCUGUUGGUAUUUUUCUGGCUGCAAAUAUGUUCUUUUCACAUGUUUCGUGUCUUCACUGCCAAACAGAGAUGGGAUAGUUCUCCAAUAUUUAUCAGACGAACAAUUACUAAGUAUUUCUUGUAUGCAUUUGGUAGCGCCUUGAUUAUUGUUACUUCAAACAUUAUAAUUUCCCUUAUAUUUUCCGAUGGCAAAAACACAGGUUAUGACAAAGCUUUAACACUAAUGACAUACAAAACCGCUUUCAUUGUCACUGUUCUGGUUCCGUUAAUUUUUGUCUGCUUAACGAACAUAUUUUUUUAUAUUUUGACGGCGCAUAAAAUUUACUUUACUCCUGACAUUGAAAGCACAACUGGAAAUAGAGUGCAAUUUUCUGUUUAUAUAAAGUUGUUUACAUUGACUGGCCUUUCAUGGAUCUUACAGAUCAUUGACUCUUUUAUAGAUGUUUCAAUAUUUUCGUACUUUGUUGCAAUUUUGAACGGUUUACAGGGAUUGCUAAUCUUUCUCAGUUGUGUCUGUAAUAAAAGGGUGUGGAAUUUGUACAAGAUAGCUUGGAGCAAAAAUAGAAAUUUCAGCAGAAAACCGUCUACAUUACGCUCCAAAACAAACACAACUUCAAAAUGA